CUCACUUCAACAGCAGCUCAUGAUUUCCCUUAUGAGCAUUGCCACAAAGCCUCAAUACAGGAUCUUCCAAUAACUGAUGAGAAGUGCCCAUAUCAAUCCAGCAAAGAGAGCUCAGAUGAAGAAUGGUCUGAUUUCUCUUUUUAUGAUUUGCCAGAUACUUUAAAGGUUAGUGAGGUUUGUACAGUCAUGUGUUGCUUGUGUUGUUUUGCUCUCAUUUCAUUCCAAUUUCUUGUUUAAAAUAAAGUACUCUAAUACUAUUGUUACAGUUUUUGGUGUUGCUUUUCAGGACUCUUUCCGUAGGUCAGUUCAUCCUUCAGAACACAUGAUACCUUCUCACAUGGUGUCCAGACCUCCUUACCAUGCUACUGCAAAAGGUACAUUGCUAUAAAAUUGUUAAAUCAUGCACAAUAAUUAACAGAGACACAUUAAGUGCUAUCAGCCCUGCGUAGAUAGCCACUUUAACUGCCGCAGCUUUUCUUGGCCCUGGUUGUUUGAAGAGUCAAGUAAACUGUUACUCAAUGCUACUCAGAUGUCCAAGAAUGCUGAAAAUCAUCUAACUCAAUGAGUUUCAAAUUUAAAAAUUUUAUGGAGGAGCACGCCCCUAGACCCUCCCCUCCUAGAAGGGUAUUUGGCUUUGCAACUUGCCUUGAUGGCUAUUGAAGCAUUAUUCAUUUCAGCUCAUGCUUCAAUUACAUUUUUUUAAUAACAAACCUGUAAGUGUCUUGCUCAAGAAGACAACAAAGUGAUCCCAACCAGUUCUUGAGCUUAGACAGUUUGAUUCAGUCCAGUGAGAAAACCAGCGUCAUUGUGUCGUGCUUGUGGGCAAGACACUCUACUAUCAUAAUUCUUUCCUUACCUGGAAUAUGUUUAUAUUUUUAGAAGCUUUGGUGCGUAGUAUCACUGAGUAUUUUUACGAGUUGUGCCGUAUUUUGACGAGUCCAUAGGGCAUGUCAAAAUACACUGAGUAAAAACUUAAUACUCAGCGAUACUACACACCAAAACAUGCACUAAGUUAUUUAUUAUCCAAUUACUUUAUUUCAUGAGCAUUUCUUAAAAAGUGGGUAAAGCGAAGCAGAUAGAGAAGCAAAACCCGCAGCCGACCGGUGAAACAGUUUAUUUUUACAGUACAAAAUAACGCAGGAUAUUUGUACUCGAUUCGCGCGUUAUUUAUACCCCACUUAGCGCAGGUGGAUAAUAAAAAUGCUAAGCAGUGAUCUUUCUUGGAAGCCUGACAAAAUGCAGGGGCCAAUGUAGCAAUACUCUGGGUAGCUUGAUGGUACAGAGACAGGAAUAGUGUCUGUCACAGGUUGCUGACCCUCUUGGGUUCGGUGAAGACUUGCUCUGCUACGUUUUACAAUGCCUUCUUUUUGUUUGCACUUCUUCAGCUCAUCGAGUGCACACAUUGCUAGACACUGAGGUUGGCAAUCCAUUUAGCUUGGCAAUGGAAGACUCAGUAAAUCAACUACUGUCUCAAGAGACUGCGCCUCAGAACGGUAAUCAAACUUCAGAAAGUACAACAUGUGGGAUCAGUACCACAAGUGAUGUUCAGGAUGUGAUCACCUCAACCAAAGCAUUUGAUGGAAGUUUAUUUUACAGACAUUCUGACUUGAUGCUUAAUGGUAAACACAGAAGAGAGACUAGAUUUGAAGGGCUUCAUCAGAAUGGAGGCCAGGAUGCACAUGUUACUAACCCCAAUUCUUCAAGUUUGUCAAGUAAAGCUUCAAUGAAAGGCCACCCAGACAUUCUUGUUGUUCCAUCCGAGGUUUCUGUGCACAAAACAGGGCGAAAUGGUCAUGGUGACGUUGAUAAAAGUGAAAAUGCCAGCUAUUUGGAAAGACUUAAGAGGAGUUACCCAUCGAAUGGAAGCUAUUCAGGAAGUUCCAGUUCUCAGGAAAUUCUUGCAAAUAAAUUUAUGCAGCGAUCAAAGGAUGCCAUGAUUAGGAGGGAAAAGCAGAAGGUUGUUCCAGGAAGUACAUUCAAGAAAGAGCAUUCUCCUAAAUCGGUUUCAUUCGCAAAUUCUGUUAAGGGCACUGAUAAACUAAGCAAAUCGUAUUCUUCUGGUAAAGAAGAUGGAAAUGAGCAGUUGAGAAACAGCAGACCCAAGGAAGGACAUGCUCAGAAUGGCUUCCCUGUGCAGCAAGAGCACACCGUACAGAGCAAUGUGGUGUUGAGUGGACGCCUCGGCCAAAACUUUGUUGAAUCUGGAGUACAAAACAAUGCAGUGAAGAGAAGCUUUGAUCAGAAACCAAGACUAGAGACUACGGUGGCAGAAAGAAACGGUCAGAGUAAGGGAAAUAGCAGUUAUGGUGACCCCUAUGAUAUGGCUCUCCCACCCUCCCCUCCGACCAGAGAUACGUGUACGAACCAAAGUUCAGAUCACUGCAAUUCACAACGGAGUUCACACUCAGUUCGGCUUUUGUCUCUGUAUGGUGAACGCAACUUGUUUGAAUCAAAUCUCUCCAGGAAUUUAGCCUCACCGUCCAGACAAUCAAAUGUCAGUUUGGGAUUCAGUGGAAAUAAAGUUUUGUCUAGAUCUUCACUCAGAUCAGCAGGGAAAUCAUUCUUACAGCAAACAAACAGUAAAGUGGAUCUGAGCUCAAGGCCAAGCCUGAUGUCGAGUGGACGUAGCGGAGACGACAGUCUUACAAUUGAGGAGUUGUUAAGCAGCGGAAGUGUGAAGUCAAGUCCAGAUAAUUCACCGCCUUAUAGGUUCACUCCUCACUUUGAGAAAAGCAGUAAAAGAGAACACUCACUUGACGAUUACUUGGAUAAAAGAGGAAAUCUCCUACAGGAUCUUAGGUAAUACAUGGAUGAAUUUUGAGUGUGAAAGCUCUUUGUAUUUUCUUCACUCUUGCAAGUCUCCAUUCUCUAACUACCCCCAAACUUUUUCCUUCUACCCGAGCUCAAGAAGGAGAAAUGUUUGUUUUAUAGUUCAGCCUACGAGCGCCCUUUGUCACGAGCGUUCUUCGCCCGCGGGAAAGUAUGAAGCCUUGAGUAACGUAAGCCAGUGAGAGGUUUGCCCCUCAUAAUUAGUGCCAGACCCUCCGCAAACCUCUCCCCGACUCGUCUCAAAUCUUUCCUCGGGCGGAGAAUCACGUUUCUUGCAGCUCCAAUGACGAGGCCUACUUGCAAGCUAAUUUUAUUUCACUGGAAGCAAAUUCUCGUAAAUGACAUGAAAUUACAAUGUAACCUUGCCUAAUAUAUGUAUUUUCAGGUUUGUAAAAGUAAGUUUCUUUAAUGUGCCUUUUAAUUAUUUUCAAGCUUGAGAAACUCAUUUUCAGUGGAUACAUCACAGAGAAUUUCCUCUGCUCUCUGGGCCUCUCGAACGUCCAGUCCAAAUUCUUAUCAGGAGCUGCUGCUCAAGGUAGCUAACAUUAUAUAUUGUAAAUUUUUUACCCAAGCGUAAUGUAUUAAAUUAAACAGUUUCCAUUGAGCACAAUCUGUUAGAUAUUAUGUUUACUAUUGGCGUGUAAUUUGAAGGGUCGCCUUUUUCGACGCUGGUACCAGAAGACAAGGCUGAAAAGGCUGAUCAAACAAGAGGAUGACGUCAAAUUACAAAGGUAUUUGAUAAAUUGUUAAACUCAUUAACAGUAGAUGAGUAAGGUGCCUGAGAGGUUGACAGCCCGUGCAAGGUAAUACGUCGGCCAGGGGGGUAAAUAUAACAGGGUACUACCUGCAAGUAUUGUUUAUCGUGCAUGUAUAACAUAAAUCUGGUCUGAGCCUUGGCUAGCUCUUUGUGACACACUCCAGGGGAUAAGGGUUUCUUCAAACCCACUAAUUCAAGUAUUGGUCAGGGGAAGUUUGCUAAACAGGAAUAACGUCUACGUUGUACAAGCACAUCUACAUGAAUGCAUACAGCUUCAGAAUGUUGGUCAAAACCAUCGAAGGGAGUAUAGAUUGCGUUUGGUAAUUUUUUUCACCAUUCUUUUAACAGUGCAGUCACGUUCUGGCAAACAGAGACGCAACAUAAGUAUUUUGAGGCAUGGAGAAAUGCCAGGACUGUUCAGCUGGAAAAAGCAGACAAACUGCGAAGGAAGCUGAUGCUACAGAAAGGAUUGAGUGCCCUGCGAUUUGCUGUGAGUCAGCAUAAACAGUCCGUCUCGGAGGUCCAGACGAGGGCUAGAGCCAGGAUUACGGCCAAGUACUGGCUAAAGGUAUGGAAAAAUUACAAUGUACUUGUAGGAGACCGCAUUUCGAGCCAAAACCAAGAAAUUACAAAAACCAAUCGGAAGAAAGGAAACUUUAAGAGCCAAUAAGAAGUCAAAGUAAAUACAAGCAAACUGCCCGAAGCGCGGGAAAACGCGGGUGACCAAGUCGCGAUUGGUUUUUAAAGAUUUGAAUCUGAUUGGAUGAGAGAGUGGCGCGAGUUUUCUGAACCAAUCACAGAGAGAAAUAAGGCAAAUCUUAUGCUAUCUCGGACUAAUUUCGACGCAAUUGAAAAUCGCUCUAAGCACAAAAUUAUCACAAGUUAGUAGAUGGAAGAUAUAUUUUCUAUGUAUUUUAAGUAAAUUGUUGGAUGGUUGUUUAAAUUAAGGUAACUUGGUGAAAAGUGUGAGCCUAACAAUAUUAUAAUGAUUUUAAGGUUGCAAAUCUUCACAGUAAUUUUGGAGAUUUUCAAGAGAGAAAAUGUGCACAUUUCUCUCACUGUGAACGCGUAAAAUAUCAUCACGUAUUUUAAAUCCUGUAACGUGUUGACAAAGGGUAGAUGGAGUUGAAAGGAGCAUACAGUAGAUUUAUGUUAAGGGCCGGGAUCUUCAUUUGCAUAAUUUUUUCUUUAAAUCUUCAUUUAGUGGCAAAAGGCUGUGCAAACGAAAGUGACCGAUCGACUGCGAGAAGCGUUUGACAAGUGGCACUUGUUCAAAAUGGAUCAAAACAGGUAA